AUGUCGUUCGCACCGGUCGACCCCGUCAAGUUACGGGACGGUGAUAGCAAGAAACGAGUCGCAUACUUCUAUGAUUCAGAUGUCGGCAACUACGCGUAUGUCUCGGGUCACCCUAUGAAGCCGCAUCGAAUAAGACUUGCCCACUCACUGGUUAUGAACUAUGGCUUGUACAAGAAGAUGGAAAUAUAUCGGGCAAAGCCUGCAUCGAAGUACGAGAUGACCCAGUUUCACACUGAUGAGUACAUCGACUUCCUUGCCAAGGUAACUCCAGACAACAUGGAUGCCUAUCAAAAGGAGCAACAGAAAUACAACGUCGGAGACGAUUGUCCUGUGUUCGACGGCCUCUUUGAGUUCUGUGGGAUCAGCGCUGGAGGAUCCAUGGAAGGCGCUGCAAGAUUGAAUCGACAGAAGGCAGACAUUGCCAUCAAUUGGGCAGGAGGUCUGCACCACGCCAAGAAGAGCGAGGCCAGCGGGUUCUGCUACGUCAACGACAUCGUGUUGGGAAUCAUCGAGCUACUGAGAUUCCACAAGCGGGUUCUCUACAUCGACAUCGACGUUCAUCACGGAGAUGGUGUGGAAGAAGCCUUCUACACUACAGACAGAGUCAUGACCGUAUCUUUUCACAAGUACGGAGAGUAUUUCCCUGGUACUGGCGAGCUAAGAGACAUCGGCGUUGGCUUGGGCAAAAACUACGCAGUCAACUUUCCUCUUCGUGACGGGAUCGACGAUUCUUCCUACAAGGGCAUCUUUGAACCUGUGAUACGAGCCACUAUGGAGUACUAUCAACCGGCGGCGGUUGUCUUGCAAUGUGGUGGUGACUCUCUUUCUGGAGAUCGGCUCGGUUGUUUCAACCUUAGCAUGAAAGGCCAUGCAAACUGCGUACAGUUUGUAAAAUCGUUCAACCUCCCUACGCUGAUCCUUGGUGGCGGCGGCUACACCAUGAGAAAUGUUGCCAGAACAUGGGCAUUCGAGACGGGAUGUAUCGUGGGAGACAAUAUGCAGCCCAAUUUGCCGUAUAAUGACUACUACGAGUAUUACGCACCCGACUAUGAGCUUGAUGUCCGACCUUCCAAUAUGGACAAUGCUAACUCAAAAGAAUAUCUGGAGAAGAUCCUGACGCAAGUGCUGGAAAACCUGAAGAGGACUGCGCAUGCACCGUCAGUGCAGAUGACCGAUGUGCCUCGUGACUCCCUGGGCUUGAACGACGAUGACGAAGCAGCCCUGGACGAUCUCGACGAUGACGAAAACCCUGAUAAACGAAUCACUCAGCGCAAAGCAGACAAGUACGUUGAGAAGAAUGGCGAGCUUUCCGACAGCGAGGACGAAACAAUGGAUGGCGUGAAUGGCCGCCCAAACAGCCGAAAACAGCGGGCAGCCCGAAAUUAUCGACACAUAAUGGAUGUUGGAGGUAAUGAUUCGGGCAUGGAGACAGGCAGUGGGAUUGGAACGCCGCAACAAGCUUCGAGUGUACCGGAUGAUUUGGAUGAAAUGAAUGUGGACGAAGUGGACGACCAAAUCGCACAACUUUCAAGUCCGGCACAUGCGGGUGCGAAUGGGUCUGCGGCUGCCUCAGAUCCACAGUCACCUAGUACUCAUUUACCCGCCGACGGCGACGUCGAAAUGGGAGAUGCAGAUGCAGACGGGGCUGCUGCACCGGGCGUAGACGAUGCUCAGCCCGGCGAGGAGGAGUCUACCAUCACAGUUCAACCACAGCAGCAACGAACGCCCCCGGACUCGCCAGCACCGCCACAGCAACCCGAGGAACCUGCAGCGACGACCGCUGAUAGUGGCGCAACAGCUGCUGAUGUUGCUGCCUCGGAUCCAGCUAACGUCCCGGUCACAGAAACUGCUACAGCUGAGCCUGAAGCAACUGGCGCGACAGCAGAAGAGGCAGCAAUCAAACAGGAAGUCACUGGCGACGACGAGGUAGCCAGGGCUCAGGAGGAAGGGCGUACUGAAAGGGAAGCCGCAAAUGCUGAAGGAGAAGCUCGAACAGAAGCGGUCGCGAAGGCAGAGACGGACGAGGCAGCGCAAGAGGCCGAGCUUUAG